AUGGCCCCCCAGCAAGUAGAGACCCUCGUUAUCGGCGCCGGACCGACCGGUCUCGGCGCUGCCACCCGCCUCCACCAGCUCGAUCGCUCCUUCCUCAUCGUCGACAGCGCAGACAAGGCUGGUGGUCUCGCUGCCACCGACAUCGACGACCAAGGCUUCUACUGGGACGUCGGGGGCCAUGUCGUCUUCAGCCACUAUGCGUACUUUGACGACACCAUCAACCGCGCUCUCCCUCGAGACGAGGACUGGCAGACGCACCAGCGUAUCUCCUACGUCCGCAGUGCCGGCAAAUGGGUCCCUUACCCUUACCAAAACAACGUCUCCCAACUCCCCCUCGAGCUCCGAGUAAAAGCCAUCGACGGCCUCAUCGCCGCCCAAGAGCACCGCGCCGCCACCCCCAACGAAAAGCCCACCACUUUCGACCAGUGGAUCCUCCGCAACAUGGGCGAGGGUAUCGCCGACCUGUUCAUGCGGCCUUACAACUUUAAAGUCUGGGGCGUCGACACCACCAAGAUGCAAUGUAAAUGGCUCGGCGAGCGAGUCGCAGCCCCCAACGUCCGCGCUGCCGUCAAGAACGCCCUCACAAUGCAAACAGCCCCCAACUGGGGUCCCAAUGCCACCUUCCGCUUCCCCACGCACAACGGUACCGGCGGCAUCUGGACCUCUGUCGCCGCCCAACUCCCCCCUGCUUCCUUCCGCCUCGGCUCCCAAUCCGGCACCGUGUCCAAAAUCGACGCCCUCUCCAAAACCGCCACUUUUGCCGACGGUUCGCAGGUCAAGUACGAGCACUUGGUUUCGACGAUGGCGGUGGACCAUUUGCUGGAGGGGUUGGUUGCUGAGGGGAAGGAGAAGGAAGUCGAGGGGAUGAAGGUGGCGGCGAAGGAGGGUUUGGUGUACUCGAGCACUAUCGUGUUGGGUAUCGGAAUCCGAGGCGAACGACCCGAGAGGAUCGGCGACAAGUGCUGGCUCUACUUUCCCGAAGACAACGCACCCUUCUACCGCGCCACCAUCUUCUCCAACUACUCCCCUUACCACACCCCCACCCCCUCCACCGCGCUCCCCACCCUCCAAAAAGCCGACGCCUCCCUCCCCUUCGACGCUGCCCCCAAGGACGGCCCCUACUGGUCCCUCAUGCUCGAAGUCUGCCAGUCCGCGGACAAGCCUGUCGACGUGGACACGUUGAUCGCCGAAACGGUCAAGGGCGCUGUGGCGACAGAGUUGUUGAGGCCGGAGGAUGAAGUUGUGAGCUUGUACCAAAGGCGAUUCGACCACGGCUACCCCACGCCCACCCUCGGCCGUGAUGCCGCCGUCUCCUCAAUCCUCCCCACUCUCCAGAACGAAUUCGGUAUCCUCUCCCGCGGUCGAUUCGGAAGUUGGAAGUAUGAAGUCGGAAACCAAGACCACUCCUUUAUGCUCGGUGUCGAAGCCGUCGACGCUGCGCUGUUCGGUACCCCCGAGAUGACGCUCAACGAGCCCGACUGGGUUAACGGUCGACGCAACACUGAGAGGAGGUUGAAGUAG